AUGGAUAUUGACAUGGGCUUUCGUUUUCUGAUGACUGUGAUUAACGCCUGCUUGUCUUUGGUAAUAGCGUUUCUACCAGUGAUCUCAAUAAGUUUAUUAAAAUUGGAAGGGGAAGCAUUAGAGUUAAACAUACAUGAACGUCUACUGCAGGAAAGAGAUGGGGAGCUGCAAUAUCAAUUGCAGAUGUUUGCAGAGUACGUGGAGGGGCGGCCGACGCGGUUUCAGCUGCUCCGGGUGUUCGAGCUGGACUGGACGCUACCGCUGAAGAUAAUCCAUCUCUGUGUCACCUACCAGAUCAUUAUAGUGCAAUUGACGCAUUUGUUCUGA